AACACUUGUUCACAGACACAGUCCUUGAAGAACCAUUGCCUCUCUGCAUGGAACGGGACGAGUAAAAAGAGGGAGCCACCACAUUAGAGCAGGUCAAGAAUAAAGAGGUACAUUUUGUUGCCGAUGAAGUUUCAUCUAAUUAUUUCUACUUCUCUGAUCUCAAUCUUUGCGGAUACAAAGUAAACUCGCUAAACGACGGUGGAUUCGGCUCUGGCUCAAGCGCCAACACCCGGCUGUUUUUUCUACGCUCAGAUCGCUGCCAUCGUUGAGAGAUGUUUGAGAAGCAGGGUUACGACAGCCCUCCUGUCUACAGUCCUCCAUACAGCCCGGCCUUCAAUGGCUACGGCCCCCCACAAAGCUACCACUCCCCCAGGAGUGAGUUUGAUCCCUACCCACCCCCACCGGGCUCCUACUACAUGGAAGAGAAGCCCCAACACUUCUACAAGUGUCUCUCCCCUCCUGGCAUUGUCAAGGCCAUGUUUGGCACCAUCAUAGUGCUCUGUGUGGGAAUCUUUGCCUGUGUGGCCUCUACCCUGGUCUGGGACAUGCAGUACGGGAUGGGGGGGAUGGGCUCCUACAGCGGAGGGAUGGCUUAUGGGGGAAUGGGGGGCGGUUAUGGCUCCAGCUACGGCUCUGGUUAUGGAGGAGGCUAUGGAGGAGGUUAUGGUAACUAUGGUAGCUCCUACCCGACACCUUACUCGGCCAAGACCACCAUGAUAGCCAUGGCGGCCAUCAACUUCUUUGUGGCGCUGGGAUUCUUCGUGGCCAGUUUUUCUAAAUCGACCACGUUCAGAAGCAGGAAGUUCUACCUAGUGGUUCUGGUAGUCAGUGUGAUCAUGUCCGUCAUCCAGGGCAUCAUCAACAUCGUGUACAUCGUGGGAGUAAACCCAAUGGGCCAGAGCUCUCAGAACAUGAUCUACAACCCCAUGCUGAGGAUGUGCCAGAAUCUGUAUGGGACCAGCUAUUCCAAUAUGGGAGGAGUGGGGGGUAUUGGCAUGUAUAACCAGUACCUCUAUCACUACUGCUACGUGGACCCACAAGAGGGUGUAGCCAUGGUGUUUGGGUUCCUGGUUACCGCUGCAUUGGCCGUGGCUGCUUUCUUCUCACACAAAAUCAGAGGCAAGAUCUGGCGCUACGGCAAGCCCAACAUCUACUGGGAACAGCCACCUGUGACUGGAGGCCUAGUUUCUGAUGGCAGAGAUGUAGAGGACUGGGUAAAUAAUGUGGAGGACGGACAAAGUACCCAGAGUGCACCUACCGUGGUGCUGUCGGAGAAGGCCGUCCCCCUCAAUGCCUCGGCCAAUAGUGUCAUCUCCUACCCGACCAAGGCCGAUAGCAGUGUAUACACUGGAGACACCUACAACAAUGUGUAUUUGGAGUGUCCGACUAGCCUUCCCUCUGACCAGCCCUCCCAGGGGGCCAGUUCUAUCCCCUCUGAGGAGGCAGGGGGGAUAAAGAAGCCCUCAGCCAACAGGGGGAAGAGGCGCCGACGCAACCCUGAGCUGGACGAAUCACAAUAUGAGACAGAGUACACCACGGGAGGAGAGACUGGCAACGAACUGGACUCACAGCAGUGGGAGAGCGUCUACCCAGACAUAACGUCAGACGGCCAGCGUCAGGAGUACAAGAGGGAGUUUGACACCGACCUGAGGGAGUACAAACAUCUGUGUGCUGAGAUGGACGACAUCAGUGACCAGAUGAACAAACUCAGCAGGCAGCUGGACACACUGGACGAGACCUCUGCCAAGUACCAAGUUGUGGCAGAGGAACAUAAUCGACUGAAAGACAUUAAGAGGACACCAGAUUACCAGGCUAAGAAGCUGGAGUGUCGCAGGCUGAGACACAAACUGUUCCAAAUCAAACGCAUGGUGAAGGCUUACGACAAGGGCCACUCAUAAAGACACUCUCUGACCUUAUCCACCCACCCACCCAUUAUAUACCCCAACUCUGUCUUCAUGACAACAAAACACUCCUGGAUAUGGCCCUAACGUUUUGAACACACAGACUGCGUCAUUGUGCUAAAUAGUAUGCAGCAUCAUCUAAAUAUGUGUGCAUCAAAAGUUCAACAUUCACCUUCUGCUACCAUUUCUGUC